CCAUUUUAAGCUGCUGCACCGGUAUUUAUUCAAGAAGAGAUCGUUUCUAGCGCACUUGUAGUCUGGUGCUAACCUGCGUAGUGUUUAGUUGCUUUUAAUUAAAGAACGGAAAGGCGUAUUUUUAAAAGCAAGCAAUACAGUGUUUUAUUUCAUUUAUUUUAUUGCGUGUGAGAGAAGGAAGGAAGGAAGGAAGGAAAGAAUGUCCUCCGAAGCACCUGAAUAUUCGGCUUUCUUUGCAGUGAUGGGCGCCUCUGCAGCCAUGGUGUUCAGCGCCUUGGGAGCAGCCUAUGGCACAGCGAAGAGUGGAACAGGUAUUGCAGCCAUGUCGGUGAUGAGGCCGGAGCUGAUCAUGAAGUCCAUCAUCCCCGUAGUCAUGGCGGGUAUCAUUGCUAUCUACGGCCUGGUCGUGGCAGUGCUAAUCGCCAACUCCCUUGCACCAGGCAUCACACUGUUCAAGAGCUUUCUACAGCUUGGAGCAGGGUUGAGUGUUGGUCUCAGUGGGCUGGCAGCUGGCUUUGCCAUCGGCAUCGUGGGAGACGCGGGAGUCCGGGGCACAGCGCAGCAGCCCAGGUUAUUUGUGGGCAUGAUCCUGAUCCUCAUUUUCGCUGAAGUCUUGGGUCUGUACGGUCUGAUCGUCGCCCUGAUCCUCUCCACAAAAUAAAUGUCCAAUGCUGCUAAACUAAACUCAAAUAAAUAAAUAAAAAGCUCCGUAAAAUGUUUUGGUCUUAUCUCCACGAUGUGUACAGUUGUCUCAAUUUGGUAGUCAACUUCUUGUAAAUGCGCAAUGUAUGUUUAGUGAUUCGUCUGUGUGUGUGUGUGUGUGUGUGUGUGUGUGUGUUUUACAGAGCUAGAUUAUUACUUAUAUUUUUUUGCAGGUUAGCCAAGGUUAUUUGUCUCCCAGUGUCUUGGGAGAACUGACUGGGGCUAACCUGGUGGGACACUGUUUACAGUUUCCAUGUUGACGUUGAGGAACUAUCUAUACACAUAUGGAAUAGAGAUGCUUUCUUUUUCACUGGAUAUUUUAUUUAUAAAGAUUUGAAAUGUUCAUACAAUUAAGUGGAGCAAAGUCCUUUUAUUGAAUCCCCCAUGAUAAAUAUAUAUUAUAAAUAAAUAAAUAUAUGUAUGUAUAGGUAGGUUAUUGCACCGUGGGUAAUUGUGAAGUGCUUGGAAUUCCUUUGGGUGUAAUUGGUUUUAAAAAGGAGAUUGCUGUUAGUGUCCUGGUAUUGGAGUGGGAGUUCUCUCUUUGUGUGUUUAAUUAUAAUGCAGACAUUCUCAAAACACUUGUAAUAUGUUUUCCUGUAGUACAUCUGUAUGAUUCUAUUGCAUUAAGGUGUGCACCCAGUGAUGGGUUUCAUAUGUCUUAAUAUUUCCAAAUAAAUUUCCUCAACUUGUG